CGCGACAAAGUGAGACCCAGGAAUAAUGAAUGAGCCGCAGCUCCAACCCUGACACCACCCCUGGAGCACUCAGUGACUCAGUGAGGCUUUUAUGAUGGAGUCCGACCCGCUCCUGGGACGAGGCAGCUGGUCCUGUUACAACUCCGAGAAUGGAUUCGAAGACAGCCCCAGUUCCAGCCCUCAAGCCUCCUCGGGACUCAGGAGCCGGAGCCAGAGCCAGAGAGAUGACCUGUACAUUCAGCAAGCUGUUAUAUUCAUUGAAGAUGCAAUACAGUACCGCUCCAUAAAUCAUCGAGUGGAUUCCCAGUCUCUACGACUUUAUCGAUUUUACAUCUCAAAGAUUUGUCAAUGGAUUUUGAACAUUGCCAUUUUUGUCAUCUUGGCUCUGGCCUUCUUUGAAAAGCCUUCGUCCUUGACUGUCACGUCUGAUCUCAGAUACCGUAAGGUGCUUUGGGAGCCCCCCUGUACCUUGACUGAAUGUAUUGAAGUGAUCUGCUUUCUCCUGUUUGUGACAGAUGUAACAAUAAAGAGUUAUUUAAUUGGAUGGGAAGAAUUUCAGAAAACAAGGUGGUUGAUGGCCUAUAUCGUUGUGCUUACUUUUUCCGUUCUGGAUUGGACUGUCUCUAUGUGCCUUAUCUGCAAGGAGACAAUCAGAGUCCGAAGAAUUCUGCGACCUUUCUUCCUCCUCCAGAACUCUUCCCUGAUGAAGAAGACUUUAAAGUGCCUCAGAAGAACACUUCCAGAAGUAGCAAGUGUUCUACUGCUUUUAGCUGUUCACGUCCUGCUCUUCACCAUCUUCGGCAUGCUGUUGUUCGCCAGAUCCAAGGACAAUGAAAAGGAUGGAGAAUGGAGGAUGUAUUUUCGGAAUUUGCCUGAGUCUUUGACCUCCUUACUGGUGCUGCUAACUACUGCCAACAACCCCGAUGUAAUGAUCCCAGCUUAUUCAAGAAAGAGAAGCUAUGCCUUGUUCUUCAUCACCUUCAGUGUUAUUGGAACUUACUUGCUGAUGAAUUGCCUGACUGCCAUUAUUUACAAGCAAUUUCGUGGUUAUUUACUCAGAUCUGUUCAGGACACCGUCCUUCGUCGGAGCUUAGGAAUUCGAGCAGCUUUUGAGGUGCUUUGCUGCGAGUGUUCAAACAAAGCUGGAGUAAACGGACACAUUAGAGCUACUGUCAGCACCACUACAGUGCUGGAAGUUUUGCAGAAAGCGGGAAUGCCAUCCUUCCACAAGCAAGAAAUGAUCAAGCAAACAAAGGCAUUUACACAUGACUGUGUCACAGCCGAGCAAUUUCGGAAUCUCUUUGAUGAAUUGCAAAAAGUGAAAAUAAAAGAGCACCCGCCAAAGCCAACAUAUCGGCCCGAAUUCCUACAGAAGCUUCAGUUUGUCUUUAGCCAUUACUACAGUGACUGUUUUGGAAACCUGAUGGUGACCCUGAACCUGGGUUGCAUUUUUAUUACUCUGGUGCUUGAUGCAGAGAAGUCUGUUGAUGACCGCGAUGAGUUCUAUUUGGGGAUUGGAAAUAAUUUAUUUGUCCUCUACUAUAUGUUGGAAAUGGCUCUGAAAAUCUUUGCUUAUGGCGUUAAAGGUUACAUCUCGUACAAUAGCAAUAAAAUCGAUGGAUUAUUAACUGUAAUACUGGUGGUUCUGCAAGUCUCAUCCAUUGUACACUACGGAUUUCCUCAUCAAGGGUGGAAUCCUGAAUUAAACGGCUGUCUCUCUCUGUGGGAAACCGCUCGCUUGGCUAACAUGCUGAUUAUUUUUCGAUUCAUUUGGAUAAUUUCAAACACCAAGUUGAUUGGGGUGGUAACAGGGAGUUUGUUUGCUCUUGUAAAGAAUCUCCAAGCUUUUGUUGGAAUCCUUGUGGUUGCCUAUUAUGUUUUUGCGAUUGUUGGUAUAAUAUUGUUUAAAGACAAAAUCCCACCUCCUCCAACUCGUAACUCGACAAACGCAAGUUUAAUUGAAAGCUUUUUCCUGGAGAAUGUGACAUGUGGCACCUAUGAGCAGAUGCAGUAUUGGCCCAACAACUUCGAUGACUUUGCUGCUGCGUUGGUCACUCUGUGGGAUCUCAUGGUGGUAAAUAACUGGCAAGUCUUCUUGGAUGUUUUCUCUCGAUACACAACUCCGUGGUCAAAGCUCUACUUUGUAUUUUGGUGGCUGGUGUCCUCAGUCAUUUGGGUGAACAUCUUUGUGGCAUUGAUGCUUGAGAACUUUCUUCACAAGUGGGGUCAAAGCUUCCAUUCAUCUGUUUCCGAACAAGAAUCAGAAUAUCGGAUGACUGUGGAGGAUAUGUUCAGAGAUGAUUUAAAGGAACCAACUGAGGAAGAAUUGAUGGAGAAAUUGCAACAGCAUCCACACCUCCACCUACCCCGAGGACCCACGUAAAUUGUACCUCAGUCAGAAUUGAGUAACCGGAGACUAUUUGUUUCCUUGCCGAGGCCUUUGAGAGUCAGAAUCCACUGAACUAGGUAUAAAUACUCGAUUGGUGAUCACUAAGGUUGGCAAUUGGUAUUUGAGAAAGAAAUCCCUUGAACAACAAUACUGUAAAUUGCUCAGGCUUACUGGUAGAAUGGAAAAGCCUUUACUACAUACUGCAGUGCUACAUACUGCACAUGAAUGCUUUUUUACUAAAAAAAAUAUUCUGUUACCUUGUUUUAAAAUCGUGUUCUGUGUCCAGCUUGUAAUUACCACUUUUUUUCGGACACCAACGUGUUUUGACUUAAAUGGGUGAAGGGGAGGGAAGAAAUGCAUGAACUGUUCGUCAUAAAGGGUUUAGAGCUGUAGUUUUUGAUGGAUUUAAACCCACAUCUACUUGGGUUACAUUUGUGCAAUACCACAUUUAUCCCUCAUUUCCUCUGGGUCUUUCACACUUUCAGAGACGUUCUGUGACAUAUUCACUCUAUAACUGGCAUCUCAACUCUGGGAACACUGUAGUUUACUGUUCGUCUGCAAAAUUGUCCUUCAAUCACCCAUUAACGCACGUAUGCACCUCGCUUCAAACACUUAAUAGUUUGUAGCCGACAGAUAAUUUUAAGGCAAAAUUUGACAUUUGGAAAUUAUUAAGCGAAUCAAGUUUCUUAGUGAAUGUGAUUUGGAAAAUGUACAUUAAAUGUGAUAUUUUUCUAAUAUUUGUAGUUUUAAAUUUGUGUUGGUCACUCACAUUUUCAAACCCGCUUAUGAUGUGAAUAAGGCUAACUAUAUAUUUUUUUACAUGGACACUGUUGCCACACUCUAUAGGCUGUGACCUAUGGCCUCUCCAGUGUUUUUAACGAGAUUGCUGUCUACAUUCAGUUUUUCAUUAAUACCACAGAUGGUGUUUUUUUAUAUAAAAUGAAGUUUCCCAAAUUUAUCAGGAAUUGCACUUCCAAACAAAUGGUUGUAAAAUAGUGUUUAAAAGCAUUUAAUCUGUUAUAAUUUUAACCUCUUCACCCUGCCCAGAGUUCACUCAAACUUGUGUCCUUUAUCUGGUCCAGAGAUGGGUACAGUAAUGUUCCUUUACUAUGGUGCAUUAUAAUGCACUCGCUGGACACUUCAUGUAUCAAUACUGCUCUAAACUUCAGUUUUUAUUUCAUUUACACUUUGGAUCUUUUUACACUUGGCUCAAUCUCUGGCCUGCGAUCUCGCCAGUUAAUUGUUGUAUGUGUGUGUGUGUAUAUAUAUAUAUACAUGUAUUAAAAACAAAUUCAUGUUUUGCAUGAUGAUGCAGUUUUAACUGAAAAUAUCCUUGAGUUAGAUUUUCCAAAUAAGCAGUUUUUAAUUUUUAUUAUGUUGUGACCUGCACUUUACUUGUAGAAUUCAUGAUGUAGUAGCUUGAUAGAACUUCUGAUGUGCACUUUUAUCAGAUUCCUAUUGCAUUUUUUUGUACAAUAAACUUGAAUGUUUAAAUCUUGGGAGCGAUCCACUUUCCGAAGACUUUUGAGGACUUCAUAGUAAUUAUUGUAAAUCUCUUUGAGACGUUUCAAUUUGUUGAGACGUUUUUAGUGUGAUGAGAUGUUAUAAAAAUGUAUUUUUUUUUUCUUCCUGUAUUAAAGUUUGAAAACAUUA